GUGCCUGUUUGUUGUGCUUGUUUUGUUUGUUCUUCUCUCUCCAAGUGUCGGUCGCUUUGGCUUCAACUCGCAUGUGAGAGAGACAGCUUCUCCCAUCCUCCCCUCAUAAUACUAUCACAAAAUGGCACUCCCGCUACCUGACGUCAAGUCGGCUGUGGACUGUGCCUCCUUCAGUCAGACUGUCCUACCCUUCUUGUCGCAGCUCACCACGCUUCCCCAGCAGCUGCAGGUCGCUGCGACGACCAAGGAUGCGACCCUCCUGAAGGAUAUCUACCUCACCACCAAUCCUUUUAUCUCGGCGCUUGGCUUGACUCUGGUGCUCUCUGUGCUAUUUGUCAUCACCUCUGAGAUCAACCGCAACUACUCUCAGGUGGAUCGCCUCUGGAGUAUCCUCCCAGCUGUGUACAAUGUGCACUUCGCUGUCUGGGCUCGCCUGGCGGGCCUGCAGACCCAGAGCCUGAACACCAUCGCUAUUUUCACUCUGCUCUGGAGCGCUCGUUUGACAUUCAACUACUGGCGCCGGGGCGGCUACUCCAUCGGCUCCGAGGACUACCGCUGGAAGAUUGUGCGCUCGUGGGUGAACGACAACCGCUUCGUCUUCUUCCUGUUCAACAUCACCUUCAUCAGCGUGAUCCAGCCCCUACUACUCCUCCUCAUCACCGCCCCGACCUACAACUUCCUAUGCCUGUCGCAGAUCGCCGAGCAGCGCUCGUUCGAGCUGCCUGACGUGAUCUUCUCGCGCGUCGCCUUCUUCUUCCUCGUCAUCGAGUACCUCUCCGACCAGCAGCAGUGGAACUUCCAGAACGCCAAGCACGCGUACCAGAAGACUGCCCGCAUCCCCGAGAAGUACAAGGGCGCCUACUCCGAGGAGGACCUGGAGCGUGGAUUCGUCGUCAGCGGCCUCUGGUCCCUCUCCCGCCACCCCAACUUCCUCUCCGAGCAGGCCAUCUGGCUGACCCUGUACCUCUGGAACUGCUACCGCACCGACUCCUACGUGCAGUGGACUGGCGUCGGCAUCGUCGGUCUGCUGCUCAUCUUCCAGGGCAGUGUCCGCCUCACCGAGUCCAUCAGCGCCGGAAAGUACCCCGAGUACCGCGAGUAUCAGGCGCGCGUGGGCCGCUUCAUCCCCCGGCUGUCUGCCAAGCCCAAGUACAAGAGCGCUGGCAAGAAGAAGGCGCGUCGCGAGGCGGUCGAGCAGCCUGCUCAGGAGGAGAAGAAGAGUCAGUGAAGGGGGGCUUAUUUGAAGUGGAUAUCUGUGGGUAUCUGCAUCGCUUCACUUGGCUGGAGUCGGGAUUGGAACUGUGCGAUCAGAAUUUAUGGAGUAAAUAUCUUGUUGUCACAUUCCGGAGAGAUGGACGCCCAGCUCCUGGUUUCCUAUGGAGGCCUCUUUUUGAUCAUUUCUUUUUGUGUUAUUUCCCUUUCGUGGUUUUAACACUUUUGUAUGGGGUUAAUCCUUCUCCUUUUGGUCUUAUCUAUUUCUCUUCUUGGAUGUGUUUAUCUUACAAUAUAUAGCUCAGGGAGCAGCAGGUUCAUCAGGCAAUGCGGUGUGGGGGAUACGGCGGCGUUGAAAAGCAAAUGUGUACUGUACAUGCUUGAAUAUACAGACGACAAAUAAGAAACGCUCUACUUAGUCUGAG